AUGUAUGGCCGCUACACCCAGGAGCUCGGGGUGUAUGCCAAAGAGGAGGCCGCUCGGCUGAGGGAGAGCGGACAGAGGCGAUCGGUCAGCGACCGAAGCCGAACUCUGGACCUUCUGGAGUACGACAAGGGGCGCUGUGCCAAGUGUCGCAUCUGCACGGUUCGCUGUCAGAAGUUCCUGAUCUCGCGGGUUGGGGAGGACUGGAUCUUCCUCAUCCUGCUGGGACUCCUCAUGGCCCUGGUCAGCUGGGUGGUGGACUUCUGCAUCGCCAUCUGUCUACAAGCACAGAAGUGGAUGUACGGGGGUCUGGACAGCAACGUGUUUCUACAGUAUCUGGCCUGGGUCACCUACCCUGUAGUCCUCAUCACCUUCUCUGCCGGCUUCACACAGAUUCUCGCCCCACAGGCUGUUGGUUCAGGCAUCCCAGAGAUGAAGACCAUCCUGAGAGGAGUUGUGCUGAAGGAAUACCUCACCUUCAAAACUUUUGUGGCCAAAGUCAUCGGACUCACCUGCGCCCUGGGCAGUGGCAUGCCUCUGGGCAAAGAGGGUCCGUUCGUUCACAUUGCCAGUUUGUGUGCUGCUCUUCUCAGCAAGUUCAUGUCUCUGUUCGGAGGGAUCUAUGAGAAUGAGUCAAGAAACAUCGAGAUGCUGGCAGCUGCCUGUGCUGUGGGAGUGGGAUGCUGUUUUGCUGCCCCCAUAGGAGGUGUGUUGUUCAGUAUUGAGGUAACAUCCACGUUCUUCGCGGUUCGUAACUAUUGGAGAGGUUUCUUUGCUGCUACCUUCAGUGCCUUCAUCUUCAGAGUACUGGCCGUUUGGAACAGAGACGAAGAGACCAUCACAGCUCUUUUCAAAACCCGUUUCCGGCUUGACUUUCCCUUUGACCUCCAGGAGCUUCCUGCCUUUGCCGUCAUUGGCAUUGCCAGUGGAUUUGGUGGGGCUUUGUUCGUCUACUUGAACCGACUGAUUGUCCAGUUCAUCAGGAAGCAGAAGGCCAUCAACAGAUUCCUCAUGAAAAAACGUCUGCUGUAUCCUGCACUGGUCACUUUACUUGUUUCCACUCUAACAUUCCCCCCUGGUUUCGGACAGUUUAUGGCUGGCAGGCUGACCCAGAAGGAGUCUCUGGUGACGUUACUGGAUAACCGGACGUGGGCCAAGCAGGGCAUCGCUGAAGAGUUUGACUACAUCGGAAACUCUGCAGCCUGGAAACACCCACAGGUCAACGUCUUUGUCACCCUGGUCAUCUUCAUCAUCAUGAAGUUCUGGAUGUCUGCGCUAGCCACCACCAUCCCAGUGCCCUGUGGAGCCUUCAUGCCAGUGUUUGUUAUUGGGGCAGCUUUUGGUCGUCUGGUCGGAGAGAGCAUGGCAGCCUGGUUCCCUGAUGGCAUUCACACAGAUGGCACCAUCUACCCCAUAGUGCCAGGAGGUUACGCUGUCGUGGGUGCUGCGGCCCUGUCAGGAGCGGUCACCCACACGGUGUCCACAGCUGUCAUCGUGUUUGAGCUGACUGGACAGAUCUCGCACAUCCUGCCGGUGAUGAUAGCGGUGAUCCUGGCCAAUGCCGUGGCUCAGUCCUUGCAGCCCUCCCUCUACGACUCCAUCAUCAGGAUCAAGAAACUGCCCUACCUCCCCGAGCUGGGCUGGGGGCAUCAUGAGAAGUAUAACAUCCGUGUGGAGGACAUCAUGGUUAGGGAUGUGAGGUACAUCACACUCAACUGCUGCUACAGAGACCUGCACAACGUCCUGAUGACUGGCCACCUCAAAACUCUGGCUCUGGUGGAAUCAGCUGAGUCCAUGAUCCUGUUGGGCUCCAUUGAGCGUGCCCAGCUCCAGUCGCUGCUCUCCCAGCAGCUCGGUCGCCCUCGGCGGCUCGAGUACAUCAGGGAGCGAACUGUUGCGGAGAAGAAACGCAUGUCAGUUGUGUCAGACCCAGGCAGCGAGGACGGCAGCCAUCGGGCCAGUCAGGAAGUUCGCUUCCAGAUCUCUACAGAGGAGUCCACCUUCAGUCCUGUUCGCCCAGUCCCCCAGAAGCCCCUCAAACCGGCACUAAAGAGACCCUCUGUGGUGGAGAGACCAACCGAGAUACCCACCAGUCCAAAUGAUAAUUCGGGCAUUGCUUUGAAGAACCUGUUCUGUGCCAGUCCAGAUGCAGAAGGCCUGGAGGAGCCUCCACCCAGCUUAAAGAGUUUCUCAGGGGAUGAUGGAGAUGUGGAGGAUGACAUGACCAUAAGAGAGAUUGCAGAGUGGGAGGAGAUGCAGCUUGAUGAGCAGGUCAACUUCAACAACUGUAAGAUCGACCCCGCCCCAUUCCAGCUGGUGGAACGCACGUCGCUGCAUAAGACCCACACCAUCUUCUCUCUGCUCGGCCUUGACCAUGCCUACGUCACCAGCAUUGGACGCCUCAUCGGGGUGGUUUCCCUCAAAGAGCUUCGCAAGGCCAUCGAGGGUUCUGUGACCGUGAAAGGGGUGAAAGUGCGUCCUCCUCUGGCCAGCUUCAGGGACAGUGGCACCAGCAGCAGCGAGAAUGAAGCCACUGAGCUCCACAAGCUGUGGGACCGCCACAAGAGCAUGUCACUGCCCCGCGAACACACCCCCUCCGAGUCUGACGAGAAGUCCCAGUGAGGGAAAGGAGAAGAGGAGGAGAACAAAGAGGAGCAGGUGGAGGAAGAGA